AUGAUCCGCUCCCGUGACUGUUCAUUUGUGGUUCGUCCGGUUUGCUUUCAUCCAAAUAGCGUGAGCCUAUUUUUGUCUGCUUCAGACUCCAAUGAUUCGGAUUGGUCCAUUGGUUGGGUUGAACCGCACGCUCCCGAUUUCCUCAGCGAUGUUGAUGCCGAUGAUAGUUUUGCUGUGUUGGUCCCCUGCUAUAGGCAUGAUUGCAAGGAAUUAGAGAAGCAGGAAGAGGAGGUGCCUAAUCAGCUGUUCUUUAGUGCCAUGAAGAACCUCCCAUAUGAGUACUCUGCUGGCAAAAAGUAUAUGGAACCGUGGCUUUCCACUCUCCAAAACAUGUGA